UUCGGGGUCCGUGUGAGGGGCAGAAACAUACGCGCAAUACAUAGACACCGCGGAUUAGUUCGAAAUAAAACCAAUAACCGGGCGUUUGCCGGUGGACAUGCAAAUUGCUUGCCCAUUUGCGAUCCGCGCCGGCUCGAAAUAGUCUUCUUAACCGGUUUUGCAUAACGUGCAAGUUCCCGCUUCUCGAAUCUUAAACAUCACCGAGUACCCGCGGGUUUAUACAUCAUGACCGACGCAUUUGCCCCGCGCUCUAUGAAGCGCAAGAAUGUCAAAGGCUUAGCAUUAACCCCCGCCGCCCCGAAGCAACCUGCGGCCUCGGACAAUGACAAUCAGGCCGGCUGGGGCUUUGGCGGAUCGAGGGCCGAGGAGGUAGGCCAAGAAGCACAGCUCGAGAUUGGAAUUGAGUUUAACCUAGACCUUCGGCAAGAGGAUAUCGAAAUCGUGAAAGAGCUUGGUUCGGGAAAUGGAGGUACCGUCAGUAAAGUAAAGCAUUUACCUACCGGAACUACCAUGGCUCGAAAGGUAAUACAUGUCGAAGCCAAAAAAGAGCUCAGGAAGCGAAUCGUCCGCGAGCUACAGAUCAUGCACGGUUGCCACUCCGAUUAUAUCGUGACUUUCUACGGCGCUUUCCUAAACGAACAUAACGAUGUCAUUAUGUGUAUGGAAUACAUGGACGUUGGAUCUCUCGACAGAGUCUCGCGCCAUUUUGGGCCGAUUCGUGUAGACGUGCUUGGUAAAAUCGCAGAGGCGACUCUGGGUGGCUUAACCUAUCUAUACUCGAAACUACACAUCAUGCACCGAGACAUUAAGCCCUCUAACAUCCUCGUGAAUUCUCGGGGUCACAUCAAGCUCUGCGAUUUUGGAGUAUCAGGAGAACUAGUCAACUCUAUCGCCGAUACAUUCGUGGGCACUUCGACUUACAUGGCUCCAGAGCGGAUCCAGGGCGAGAAGUACACAGUCAAGUCGGACGUAUGGAGUUUUGGUCUCAGUAUAAUGGAGCUGGCUAUUGGCAAAUUCCCAUUUGCGAGCGAACAACUGUCGGAUGACGACGGGGCGCCGGCCGGUAUCUUGGAUCUCCUCCAACAAAUUGUUCACGAGCCCGCUCCGAAACUUCCUAAAAGCGACGCGUUCCCGUCAAUAUUAGAAGAUAUGGUUCAAAAAUGCUUGUCGAAAAUACCAGAUGAGCGGCCGACACCUCAGGAGUUAUGGGACCGAGAUCCAUUUGUCCAAGCAGCUAAACGAACACCUGUGGAUUUGAGAGCAUGGGCUGUCGGACUUAUGGAGAAAGACAACCGUAAAUCGCAUUUGGUGCCUCAACUUUCGCCAGCUACUCGGGAUCUCUUACGAUCAAGCGAGUCCCCUACCUUCCAAAAUGACGGCAAUGCCGCUUAUACCCCAACUUCCGGCGAGAUCCCCAUCGUGGGCGCCAUUGCUUCGCCGAGAGAUCACAGCCACUCGCAGAACCGAUCCCCUACAAGAAACGGGGUGGGAAGCCUUGGGCGCUCUUCCGGUUCCGCUGUGCAUCCGGGAUUGGGACAACGAGCUGCAACGUCUGGAUCAAUACCCAAGAUUACAACUGCAGACCUCUCGCAGCCGGCCAGUGCCAGUAUGGGAACAUCAUUCACACUACCAGUUAGACCUGCACCGCCCGGUGGACCGUUGCCACCCCCUCCCCCAAGGAAAGAGACUCCAGAUGAACUGCGGAAAGAUAAUAGACGACAAGCAACAUUCAUCCCUCCGUCGAACGGCAGCUAUGGAAGCGCGGGGUAUUCAUCGCGAUAAAGCCAGUGGUAUCACAUCUACCAUCAUAACCGUUUUGUCACACUAUAUAGGCCAUCCAUGGUUCGGCUUCAGAGCGCGGAGGAACAUGACCGCCAAGCGUCUGUAUUUGCCCAGCGUAACAGUGUG